AUGUCUGCUGAAGAUAACCAAACUUGUAUUGGUGAAUUCACCGUUCAACCCGUCUGCCGCGCCCUUCCCUGCUCGGGCCUUCCGCCCGUUGUGGUGCGGACCGACAACUUCAUGCGAGGGGCCGAUGCUGUGGUCGGCAUGUGCAUGCUCCUGGAACAGGACGGCAAGACCCCCGUCGAAAACGUCGUCGACGCGAGCGGCAACUCCCUGGAGAGCUUUUUCAACGUCAACCAGGGCGCCGGCCUACAGUGCCAUGCGUCGGAACCGGUCUUCGACCUGAAGCUGUUUUCAAAGACGGCCAGCAGGCGCGGCGGGGGAUCGUCGUCGUCCAGCGCCGCCGCCGCCGCCAGCGGGAAGAAGAGCAUCUACUUUGGCUUCAGCGGCCUCGCCAUCGCCUGGCCUGGCACUUAUACCCUCGCCGUUUACGUCUGGGUCUACCCUAGACCCGGCCCGAACGGGGAGGCCCCCGAGCCCUACUUUGCUGGCCAGGUUGUUUCUGAACCAAUCGAGGUUGCUGAUGGCGAGGACCCCGAGGAGCGUCCCACCAAGGAAGAGAAACGCAUCCUCAGUCGUAUGCGUAACAUGGCCAUCAUGUCCCACUUCAAUAUCCCGCACCAAUAA